UAAUAAUUUACUGUAGAAAGUUAUUAAAAAUAAGGAAAUGGGUCCCAAGAAGGGUAAAGAUGUCGUAGAUGAAAACUAUUGGCGUACCUGUAUAGAAGAAGCUCCACUAGAUGAAGAGACUUGGAAAGUCAAGGUGGUUCUUAUAGAAGCAGCUGGAAGUGACCAAGAUCGCAUUUAUUUGAACAAGUUUGAAACUUUUGCCGCUGAAGAGAAGAGAUUUGUAAUAAAAAAUAUCUGCAAGACUGAAACGACCUUCAUGAUUAACCAGUUGGGUGGAGAGAAGAAAGUAAAAGAUGACAAUCUUCGCGUCUUCGAAGAAGGCCAGGCAUUUCUUAAAGACAAAAAGGAUAUACCCCCGGAUAUACUAGCACUGAUAAUUAAACAUCUCAUUUUAAAAAUGAAAGAUGAAUAUCUUUUUAUAAAACGCCAAAGAUUGGAAGUUAAGGAAGGAAUGCGAAGAGAAUCUACAACCAUGGUUAAUAGAGCAGAAGUUAGAGGAACUGUCAGCGUCAAGCCUCCAGAUCCACCAGAACCCGAACCGCCCCCAAAAGCUAAGGGUAAAAAGGGCGAACCAGAGCCAUUACCUCAAACUCCAGAGCCAUCCGAGGGAAAGAAAUAUAAUACGCAGUUACGCGUUAGAGGAGAAGAAUGGAGAGACAAAGUUUACGUUGAUGAUUUCCCUACAGAUGGUCCUAAUCUUUAUGUUGCUAUAACUGGCUUUGUGGAACCUUACUUACCUGGAGCACUUGUCAAAAUUGGAAUUCCGCUCACGGCAGUGGUUCAAAUACGGAUCGAUUCAUCUACAACUCGAGUGCCUUCAAGCUUACUGAGACCCAGCAAAAGAGGACAAAGCCAAACAGAAAUUUUAACUGAGAAAUCUUUAAAGUUUUGGGAUGAUUUACAGCAGCUGAGAAUUCACAGAGAUUCAGCUGAUGAUUUUAAGAACACUGCUUUUGUUGUUUUCGCGCCACCGUACUGGGAUUCCGAGAGCUUAUCUGGCAGUCCGGAUAAAAUUUAUGACGAAUUGUGUUACCUAAUGUACGAUAUUCAAGAUUUAACGCGACAACAUACGCAUUAUUUAGAAAACAUGGAAAUUAUCAAUAUCCCCAUGGACUUUAAUGACGAGCGAUAUAUCAAGUAUUAUUAUCAACAAAUACAAGAUCUGCCUCUGGAAUGCGUUACCAUAUAUUCGCUUUUGGAUAGUGUACUUCACACCGUUGAAAAAAGUCAUGAAAUUGAUGAAAAAAGUAGCAGGACGUCACUGUCCACUGCUUUGACUAUAAACCAACCUCGAAAAAGUGGUGACGAGGAUGGUAAAAUAGCAAAGGCGGAAACCCUUGUUAGAGAUGUUUUCAGUACAUUAUGUAAAACUGAAUCUCAGAAAAAAGCUUACCGUCUCACAUAUGGCGAUGAAUAUGAAAAUCAUAAAGAUCCUAUAAUAAUACAUUACGGAGAUAUAGCGAAGUAUAACACCUUUCACCUGGGAAAUAUCAAUUUAGAUAAUAUAGUUUGGACAACAUUAUUUGGAAUGCCUAUCAACCAAUUGUGGCAGAAUCAAAACAGACCCCAAGGCGAGAUAGAGGCCAAAAUAAAUUUUCACAUUAAUGUACUUCUUACAUGUUUUGAUCGAGAAGACGUGGAAACAGCGGAGCUAAAUAGACUAAUCCACAUAUUAGCCUGUCGAAAAUUAUACAAUAAUAGAAGUUCUCUUAAAAAAAAGCACUUGCCAUCUUCAACAAUAUCAGAAUUUAAAAAAGUAUAUUUAAAACGCAGUGUUUUAGCUGAACCACUACCUAAAUGUCCCUCAUUUAUGAAGAGUUCUAGUUCAACAUCUCCUUCAUUUCCCUCAAUGACAAAAAGUGAAAAUGUAUCAGGCGCUUCCUACAGCGAUGACCCCGAAGUUUGUCGAAUAAGAUUUCUUUUUGACUGUCCUGACAUAAGCGAACUGGUAUCUGCCGCCGAAAUCUCAAAUGAGCAGCCAAUCAAUCACAUGAUUGAUGAUUUUGAACAUUUUGAAGAUUUCUCUGGAGUUAGUGCCUUUCAAAUUAUGCGAGAUGCAUUUAACAGCUUUAAUUGUGUUGAUUACAAGUACUGUGAAGUUACUGACAGUUUCAUAUUAAUGUUUUUUAAUAGUCACGACAAAGACGGCAUUGCCCGAGAAGAGUGGAGGUGUCAUAUUCCUACUCCAUUGUGUUUGCAAGAUUUUUUCGACUUUGUCCUUGAAGAGCAUUAUGACUGGAUUCAAAAUGAAGAAAAAAUUUAUGACGAAAAUGUUGUCUUGAAAUCACAAUCUGAAUGCAAAGAAAUUAUUGAUCCUUUUGCAAUUAAAUCGUGUGUAGAAAAUACAGAAGUGGAAUUAGAACUUCUGAUGGAAGGUUCUCUAAAAUUUCAAGAACUUGCAGUUAUGGAAGAAGCUAGUGUUGAAGCGUCGGAAACCAAAAUUACUUCUAAAAAAACUACAAUGUCACCGAGCUCAACCGAAGUAGAUUCUAAGAGCAGUAGAAAACCAAAAUCCUCUGCGGCAUCCACACCAAAGAAUUUGAGGCAAUCAUUUAUGGCAAUGGGAACUGAUUCAAAUGCUUCAAUUGAAAUACCUGCUAAACCUUUUUCUGGGUAUGAUUUGGGCGAUAGAAGAGUUGAAGUUUUUGGACAAAACUCGACGUUCUUCUCCAAAGAUGGAACACAAGUGAUAAGUAAAUAUUCGUUAACGAUACCAAUGAAUUUGGAAUACAUCAUUUUGAAUGUUGUCCCUGGAAAUGGUAUAAAUGAGUUUUGGUUGCAUAGAGCUUUGGGUGAAUAUGUUACUCCCGAAAUAUUAGAUAUCUGCGAAUCAUUCAGAAUAACUAGCAAAGAUCAAGUUAUGAUUAAUGUUAAAAAGCAGACAUACCAAGUACCAAUACCUAUGAUGUCAAUGUCUUUCAUAGACUCAAAACCAAAAGAAAGCAUGUAUAAGCCAUCUACUGAAAGAUAUGGUGAUGGAAUUCCUCAAAUAUUUGAGUCAAAAUAUUUUCAUUCUCUUUUCAUUACUUGGCCUAAUGGAUUAAUAACUGAAAGUGUUCAUCUGGACAAUUCACCCGAUAUAUCACACAUCAAACAGUAUUUUAUAGAUCCAAUGCCACACCUUGACGAAGAAAUGCGUUGUAUAAGUUUAAAUGGUGAGGUAAUAGUGUUUCGGCCAUCUGGUAUUAUAGAAGUGUUGCGUCCAGAUGGAUCUUUUAUUAAAAUAACCAAAUGCGAAAAAAGGAUUGUCCAAACAGAGCCACCUGAAGAUAUGCACAGUGAAACCAGUUCUGACAAAAGCAAAAAAGGAAAAGGUAAAGAAAAAGAUAAAAAGGAAAAGCCCAGCAAAGCUUCUUCUAAAUCAUCAAAAAAUGCUAUCGCCGACGACGGUUCGGAAAUAAAACCGCCUGAAUAUGAAUUAGUCAUAGAAGAAUUUGAAACUAUUGAAACAAAUGGAUUGAGGCAAAAAUGGGUAGAUGAAAUCCCAACACCAAUUGAGAAGCUAUUGAUAAGAACAGCCACGGACUAUUGUUUAGGAGAAGUUUUUUCUAGACGAAUGGAUGGUACAAAUUCUUUGCUUAAUAAAGAUGGUGUUCAUGUAGUGACUUUUCCAAACAAUACUAGAAUUAUUACUACCUAUUUUAUUGAAGAAGAGGAAGUUUUCCCUGAAUGGACAGACGAAGAAAAAGAAUAUUUUGAUUUGUUCGAUUCUGAUACAGUAGAGACGGAUACUCUUAAAUCUAAAGCGUCAAUGUCUCAAAAAAGUUACAUUGGAACUUACACAUACAGCAGCGUAGCUAGUUCAGCUUCCAAAAAAAUUGGAGAAGAAGAGGAAGAAACCAAAGAAAAAGAAAGAACUGACGGUUACGUCUCUGUACAAAUAAUUUUAACUAUAGAACAUGCCAAUUUUACUACAAUUACAUUAAAUAAAGCGGAUAACAAAAUAUCUGUAGAUUCUCCAAACAAAAGUAAAGUAGUAAUGGAUAGUGAAAAUCACUAUGAUAUAUACCUUGACAGUGCAACAUCAGCUAAGUUCGAUGGCCAGUCAUUACAUGUUAAUUUCGAAGCUUGUUCGGAAUGCCGGUCUAAUACCACAUCUACCAUUAAAGUAAAAACUGAUGAUAUGAGCAGUGUAACAAAAAUGCACCAGCAUUGGUUGAGAAUGAAAGAUUCGUUUUGUAAAAAAGUUAUUGUAAAUGAAGAGGGCCACAUUUCCAUCAUGGAUGAACCGUGUUCUACUGAAGUGUACACCAGCGAAGAAGUUACAAAUACAGAAGAAUGUCACGAUAGUGAGCAGAAGCCAUUAGAUGCCAAGUCAGAUAAUUCUUUUGUCGCCCAUGGUAAAUGUAGAGAGAUGUACUUGGCAAAGACAAUUAGAUUUUUUGUUCUUCGACGUGAGUUAUCAUGUUCAGAGCUCGUACAUCGAGCGUUACUUGAGCAGCACAAGAAAGCUUGUCGCUGGCAGCCCUGGUGCUCUAUCAAUCAGUACGACACAUUUGGGGAUCAUCGCAACCUUUUGUCCAUUCUUACUCCUAUCCACCUGACGGAGAUUGAGAAAUGGCUGAUGGAUUCGAAGCUGGCAGAUAAACCGAAGUAUCUCACCUACAAGGACCUGAAGAAAGACUCUGGUAAAGGCUUCUACCAUUGGAUGAGGCCCUAUGAGAGGUUUCAGCCGAAACCAAUGAAACCGAGCAAUGUUUUGCCUCCUAGAUUACCAAAGGCGUUUUUAUUAAGAACUUUAGAGCAGCAGUGGAAGGAAAGUGAAAGGGCCAAGUUGAAGGGCGCGAAAGAGCUGCUGUCGGCCAUAUUGCGGUACCGCCGGGUCAUGGAGUCCGACAGCGAGACAAUACUGCACGUGCCUAUCAGGGAUACGAGAUCGGACGAGGAGAGGUGCACAGACGACAUCAUUCAAGCUUUAGGACACAGGAUCUACGAAGAUUUGAAAAUGCGUUUGGCCGAAGAUGUGCAGAGUCGGGCCAAAGCCAACAUCACCACCAAGCCCUCGCCCGUCUCUACAGAGAUGUCGGUGGAAGGCGAAUUGGAAGAAGAAGCGUCUGGCGAGACAAGAGCUCUUGAAGAGGAACGCGAGAGCUUGGUCAAGGAAGUGGAGGCCGCCGAAGACAUGAGCCCCAACCUGAAGAGGUACUGGCGUCGGCGGGCCGAGGAGUUCAAGGAGGAACAAUUUUACAAGUAUCUUCUCCGGGAAGGCAGUGUACCCCCAUACUUCCGCAACGUGCUCGGCGGCGCCAUCUGGUGGGAAAUGAACUACGCGGCCGGCGAGGCUGCCACUAAGGCCGAGAGGAAGAAAAUGAAAUGCGUUUGCGCAGCUGAAGAGGGCACGUCACGCACCGACGACACUCUGCCUUAUAUGUAGAGUCAUUAGGUAAAUUAAUGCAUAUCUUGCACGUGUUGAAUAAUCGUCGUAGUAAAAACAUUAAGGUUUUUUACUGCGAUCGCUCUUUAAUUAGUAUAAAACUAUCGGAUAGCGUUCGUCACGUUUAUUAUUCAUUCCACGUCGUCAAUGGAACGGUUUAUUUAUAAAAUAGAAUUAAUAUUGUGUUGUAAUAGAGUUCUGUUUUCCUUUUACAUUUAUUUCAAUUCAGUGGUCACUCGGAGCGAAAUGAUAACGCGGCCUUUGGUGUAGUAAUUAGUACAACUUUUAUUUUUAAAUGA